AUGGAGCUUGGGGCAGCAGGGAAUGCCAGCGGGGUCUGGGGGGAUGCUGCAGCAGGAACCUAUGUCAUCCCACAUAGGCUCCCACCUGUGCCGCUGUCCCCGCAGCCACUGACCAUCAUCCAGCAGCUUCCCAUGGCCACAGCCCAUCCCUCUGGAGCCCCACACCUGCGGGGAGAUUUAUUUGAGCUGAUGAUGAUUCAGAACUCCCAGAUACACCAGGUGGUGAUGAACAGCCUGGCGGUGUCGGCACUGGCGUCCUUUGGGUUUGGGCCAUCUCCAGCCACUGUCCAGACACCCGCUGUGCCUUGGCAGCCUGGAGAGGAGGAGGAGGAGGCCAUGGUUUUCCACCACCACUACAUCCCUUAUCCCAGUUCUGCUCCCCUUUGGGCAUGGCCACUCCAGGAUCAGGCUGUGGGACCGGCAGCCGUGCGGCACCUGAGCACAGCCACAGAGGACAGGGAGGUCCCCGUGCCACCUCCUCCACCCCCCAGUGCUACGGGGACCGUCGGAGCCAACGUCCCUCCAGCACCAGAGUACUACGACAUGCUGGAGGAGCGGCUCUGAGCACCCUGCAGCCCAAGGGGGCUCUUCCUGCACAUCCUCAUCCUCCAGCCCAGAAGAUCUUGCAGGGUGCCCCAUGGUACUGGCAGUUUUGGGGAGGGAGAUGAUGUGCCUGGCCAACUGUGUUAUUUUGGUGUGUGGGUGUGUACUGUUUCGGUGCACGGAUGCACAAUUUUGGUGUAUGGGGUGGGGUCGUGCCAACCCAGGUGUCCCCAGUCUCCAUCAGUCCCUUCAGCUCUCAGUGCAGCACAUUGCCUGUAAUUAAUUUGCUUUGUUAAGAAAGCACCCUGCUGACACUAAUUAAGCAUCUGUCAUUAA